AUGGGUUUCCCGUGGGGCAAGCUGGGUUUGUUGUGUGUGGACGGAUUUUCCGUACUAGAAUCCAACCCUUCGUAUUUGGAAAGUAGGGUAGAUGCAAUUAAAAAUAUUGAUGGGUUUAACACUGUUAGUGUAAUUAGCAUUUGCUUGGCUUUUCCUCGGGUGUUAUACGAUAAUGACAAAAUGGAUGGGUUGUUGAGUGAUUUAAAGGUAUUGUUUUUGGAUUAUGAUUUGUUGAGCUGUGUGGAGGGUGGUGACAUAGAUGCCGUGGUUGCUGUUUGCGAAAAAAUUAAGUCUUUUUACGACCGAGGUUGUGAGAUGGGUAGAAUGGGUGAUCUCAUGGGAAGGAACAAAAGCGUGUUUAUAGAGCACUCGAGGGAUGUCUUAAUCAACAAGAUCGAGUAUUUCCGCAAAUUGGAAGUCCGGAUUGAACAAAAUGCUGUUUUUCUCCUCUCAAGGCCGGAAAUUUUCUAUUUUGAUUUGGAAACUGGGGUUGUUUCUAUUUCGGGAUUCUUGAAGCAAUUGGGGUUGAGUGAUAAGGAACUAGAAUGCCACAGGCAAAAGUAUCCUCAUGUUUUUGGAAGAACUCGAUUGGCUAAUUUGCCAAAUGCGAUGAGGUCUAUGGAUCUUGGGAAGUGGUUUUUCCAGCGAAUGAAAUACGGAAAUCACUCUUUAUUGGCUAAUUGUUCCACUAAUUGCACGGAGGAUGUGGAUAGGCAGUAUGAAGAGGAUAUAAGGAAGAUUCUAGCCAAGAAAACUCACGCUUACGCAAUUAAAAAGCUCGAGUUUUUGCAAGGAAUUGGGUUUGGAGAGAAUAGGUACACAGUUAAAGCUUUGGUUUCACUAAAUGGCAGUGGCGACCAGCUGCUAAGGUGA